AUGACUUCAGUGGUAGGUCACAUCACCAACCUUGAUUUCCCACCGCAGUUCCAGUGGGGUAAAUGUUCUGCAGAAAGGCUUUUCACUGCGGAAAUUGUAACAAAAGUGACGAAACAGGACGUGUUUGACAAUAUAGCGAGCGAGGCUAGAAACUCAGACAAGUUGAUGAUAUGGACUGACUGUGAUCGUGAGGGUGAAUUUAUUGGCAAGGAGAUCUUUGAUGCGGCAAAAAAGGGGAAUGGUAGGAUUUCGCUCAACGAUGUCUGGAGAAGCAAAUUUUCUCAUCUUGAACGAAAUCAUAUUUUACAUGCAGCCAGGUCGCCAAUCUCGUUAGAUAUGAAGGCGGCAUCAGCCGUAUCGUGUCGUAUGGAACUCGAUUUUAGAGUUGGAACAAGUUUUACACGUCUUUUAACGGACAAUUUGAAAUCAAAUAGCAUCAUUGAUAAAAAAGAUAUAGCAUCCUACGGUACAUGUCAAUUCCCAACCCUUGGUUUUGUUGUCGAUAGGUACAAGAGAAUCAAAAACUUUAAGCCAGAACCCUUUUGGUAUAUCGAGCCAAUGCUACGGAAGGAGAAUAAGAGGACAACCUUCGGUUGGGUAAAGGGACAUAUCUUUGAUAGAUUGUACGUUUUGCUCAUGUACGAACGAUGUCUUAAAGAAGAGUCUGGCGAAAUCACUAAACUAGAGACCAAGCCAACGACAAACUACCGACCGUUACCCCUCACCACUGUUGAGUUGCAAAAGGAUUGUGCUAAAUACUUUAAAUUGUCAGCAAAGGCUACUCUUGAGGCUGCUGAAAAAUUGUAUAACCGAGGCUUUCUAUCAUAUCCGAGAACAGAGACUGACAAGUAUCCUUCCUCGAUGGACUUUAGAGGUAUUUUUGAAAAGCAAAAACAGGAUCCUCGAUGGGGGUCGUAUAGUGGAGGCUUGCUAAGCAAUGGCCACGAGCAACCAAGGAAUGGAUCACAUGAUGAUCAUGCACAUCCAGCAAUUCACCCGGUAAACUAUGUGUCCAUUGAUUCGUUGAGCAGUGCCAAUGAAAAGAAAGUGUACGAAUAUGUUGUGCGACGGUUUCUAGCAUGUUGCUCAAAAGAUGCCAAGGGUAUGUUAACGCUGGCAACAUUGAAAUGGGGGGAUGAAUUCUUUACAGCGAGCGGACUAAUGGUUACUGAGAGAAACUAUCUUGACAUAUUCACGUACAAGAAAUGGGAAAGCUCAAAGCUGUUGCCUAGUUUUCACGAGGGCGAGAAGGUGAAAAUUUCAAGCGGCUUGAUGAAAGAAGGCAAAACAAGUCCACCACAAUCAAUGACUGAACCUGAACUAAUUGCCUUAAUGGAUGCCAAUGGUAUAGGUACUGAUGCCACAAUUGCAGAGCAUAUCGACAAAAUUAUAUCUCGAAAGUAUGUCACCAAGGUGAAAAAGGGGAAAGCUGAUUACAUUGAGCCUUCGCCGCUAGGCAUUGGUCUUAUUGAAGGAUUUGAUAAGAUGGAGUUUAAUGGAAUUUCCCUAUCAAAGCCAUUCUUGCGAAAAGCGUUGGAGAAUUCCUUACAGGAAAUUUGCAAUGGAUCGAAAACCAAACCUCAAGUGGUGGAAGAAAUGAAACGGAUAUACCACGACGCAUAUGGUAUAUGCUCCCAGAAGGUUUCACUUUUAACUAAUGAAUGUAGAACGAUAAUUAAUCAAACUAAUAUUAGGUAA